AUGUUUAUGCUCCGCAACGUCCGACCCCUCUCUCCAAAGGGCUAUUCGGAGCUCAUCUUCAAAGACGCCGCGGCCACUAUCCGACGGACAGGCCAGGAAUUUCAAUACCAACUGGUUGUUCAGAGAGCCUACGAAGAAGGCGAGGAGGACCUUGCCGACGACGAGGACGAGCAGGGUGCCGCCGACGGUCUGGACAAAGACGAGAAGGUUUUCCUGCUCGACCAGUCUUUGCACUUCCGCUCCGAAGUUCGUGAGGGAGGUAUUAAGAUUCUUGCAUGGGACGAUCUGAGUGGUGACGAGGGAGACCUUUUUGAAUUCAUCUGUGACUCUUCGGUCCCCGCCGACAAACUUGCCACCUUUGAGCUUGCCGCGAUACAGUGCCAGUACGAACGGAAAUUCCGCCGCACCGCCCAAAAGGCUACUGAAGACGAACUUCAAGAGUUUUCUCACCAAGAGGAGCACCCUAUUCCCUCUGCAAGCCCUGUCCCGUCCCCGACCUCCAAGUCCCAAGUGCCUCCCGUGACGUCGGGCGAGUCUGCUGCCGCUAUGGCGCAAGAUGUCAAGUACGCCCAAUCCAAGGGCCAAACCAAGACAGCCGCCCCCAACGAGGAGUCCACUACCGCUCCGCCCUCCGCGCCCCAGCCUGAAUCCAAGGAGAUUCUCACAAAAGAGAGGGCUGAACUUCACAUGUUUGAUUUCCCAACUGGAACUUUUAUUUUGCAGGAUUCAGAAGUUGUGGCAACUGUCUCGGAGAUCGGAAACUGGCAAUACUGGCUUCAAAUUACUGGCAGCGAGAAGGAAUGGCUGGGUCAAGCUGUUGUCGGUGACAUCAACCCUGUUUUCAACUUCGAGUACCUUUCCUUUAUCUUCAACCACUACGCUGAGGAUGGAUCGGCUUACUCGUGGCUCCUGCGCUUCAAGGACCAGGUUUCCGAGGAACGCUUCCAGGAGGGUCUCAUGCAGGCUCUCUGGGAACAGCUUAACGAAAUGAAGUGGACCAAGGUCAAGGAGAAUGACCGAGAAUAUGUGCUCGAUGCUUUCCAGGACCUCACAAUGGAAGACGCCGAUGCUCUGCCCGAGGAAGAGGAAGAAGAAGAAGAAGAGGAGGAGCACGAAACCGACCAGGAUGAUGGCCAACGGAGUGAGCACUACGAUAGCGAUGAGGAGGAGGAUGACGUCGUCACUCGCGACCAGGAUGGCAAUGUCAACUCCCAGCUUGCAGUCGGCUACAACGACCGCUCAUUCGUGGUCCGCGGGUCCAAGAUUGGUGUCUUCAAGCACACCGACAACAACAACCUGGAAUUCUCGACCAAUAUUUCUAAAGUGGAAACCCCUGGUGGCAAGUUAUUCAGCCCGAAGAAGGUCAUGCUUCACGCAGAGGAUCGCAACAUGAUUCUCCAGAAUGGCGAUGAUCCCAACUCGCUGUUCAAGAUGGAUCUUGAGUAUGGCAAGGUCGUCGAUGAGUGGAAGGUUCACGACGACAUUCCUGUCGAGACAUUCGCCCCUGAGACGAAAUUCGCCCAAAUGACAUCUGCCCAGCCGUUUGUUGGUGCUUCUAAGAAUGCUUUGUACCGCAUCGAUCCUCGUGUCUCCGGCAACAAGUUGGUUGAUACCGACCUGAAGCAGUAUGCUAGUAAGAACGAUUUCUCUGCCAUGGCCACGACUGAGAAGGGAUAUCUUGCCGUCGCUUCCGACAAGGGUGAUAUUCGCAUGUUCGAUCGCCUGGGUAUCAACGCCAAGACUCACAUUCCCGCUCUCGGGGAGAAGAUCAUCGGUGUCGAUGUGUCGGCCGAUGGUCGUUGGGUGCUCGCCACGUGCCGUACUUAUCUCCUUCUGAUCGACGCGCUGCAGAAGGACGGCAAGAAUGAGGGCAAGCUCGGAUUUGAGAAGUCCUUCGCCAAGGAUUCGAAGCCUCAGCCUCGCCGUCUGGGUCUCCAGCCUGCCCACGUCGCGCAGUUCCAGCACGAGACCAAGCAGCCCCUAGCAUUCACUCCUGCCCGCUUCAACACUGGUGUUGACUCGGAGGAAACAUCUAUCAUUACUGCAACCGGUCCCUUCAUUAUCACCUGGGGCCUGAAGAAGAUCCUUUCUGGUCGCAAGGACCCAUACACAAUCAAGCGUUAUGGCGAAGAUGUCAUGGCGGACAAUUUCCGCUUCGGCUCUGAUAAGAACGUUAUUGUCGCCCUUCCCAACGAGGUUAACAUGGUUGCCAAGCGUACCUUCCAGAAGCCUACUCGCGAGAGUAUCGCCGGUCCUAUCACACCUGCUCGUGGACGCAGCGGCAGGUUCAGCAGCCAUCUGGGAAGAAACGACAUUGUCAAUUCGCCAUACUAA